AUGGACCAACAUGUAUUUGAGGCUAUUGGUCAACAGAAUCAUGAUUUGUUACAGCGGACGCUCUCCAGCGUGAAUGUGAAUGAAGUAGGACCCGAGGGGUUUACGCCACUGUUCUACGCAUGCAUGAGGAAAGGAGUGGGUAUAACUACAGUGGAGGAGAUUCUUCGUCUUGGCGCUGAAGUGGAUUUAAAAGGUUCAGACCGUGAAACUCCUUUGUAUAUUUCUUGCUUUAACGGCAAAACUGACGUCGUGCUGCUACUUCUACAUAGAGGUGCUGAUGCCAACGCAACAAACGGGAUCGACAACGAAACAGCUCUCCACGUGGCGGCCCGCACAGGGAAUUGUGCCCUUAUUGAUAUUCUUCUUUCGCGGAAAGCCAAUAUAAACGCCCAAAACAUUCGAAAGGAAACUCCACUCUACUCGGCGGCCAAGGCAGGCUUCCACGAUGCUGUAUACUGCCUCAUUAACGCAGGUGCUAAUAUCAAUAUAUGUGACAUGGACGGCAAAAGCCCUUUGUACGUUGCGUCCGUGAAGAACUUGAAGCAUGUGGUUAUUAUAUUGAAAAGUGACCCCAAAGAACUCACUGUUGCCAAGGCGAUGGCGGAUGCGGAGUUGCGGUCGCGUCCCCAACCAAUCAGAUCCACCGAGGCGAUCUGUGAAGAAGCGGCUGCAUAUGCGGCGGCUGGCCGAUUUAUUCCGCAAAGUUCGCUUGUGCCGGAGGUGGUAAAGGAAACAAAACCUUUGGAAGUUGUGGAAAUCGUUGUGCCUCGACCCAAGGCUGGUUCACGUAACCCGUUUGCCGCCGUAUCGGGUGGCCCCUGUUGGUCGCUCGAAGAGGUGGGGUAUGACGAGCCACCCCCGAUACCUCCUGGCUUACAGAACCGUUCACCAGUGAAACCGCAACGCAUCGGGGGUACUUUAAUGCGUAUUGGCACUGGCGUCGACACGGUGGGCGUAGAGCCUGUGAGAAUAAACAGUAUUCUGGGGGACUCCAUGGAAUUUGCCGUGCCCCCGGAGAAGUAG